GCUCUGUUGUUAUCGUAUUUUCGCUUUUUACGGCGCCAAUAUAACGAGGACGCCCGUCUACUGAGCGCUCUCUUUUCGACGAUCGCCUGAUAGACAUGAUGAUGCGAGCGAUCAGAGUGAGCAAGCUGGGCGGUCCCCAAGUUCUUCAACUUUCGGAGAACGUGCCCAUCCCCGAAGUGGAACCACGCAAGGUCUUGAUUCGUGUGAAGGCGGCCGGCGUCAACCCUGUCGACACGUACAUCCGUGAAGGCAAUUUUGGUCACUCCUUUCCGCUGCCUUAUACACCGGGAAAGGAUGGUGCAGGUGUGGUAGAAGAGGUUGGCGAGGGAGUCAGCAAUGUUAAGCGGGGCGAGCGUGUGUUCUUCUCGAACAGCGACAUGAAGAACACGCACGGCACGUACGCCCAGUACUGCCUGAUCAACGACACCGACGUGUGGAGGCUGCCCGAGCGCAUGUCCUUCGAAAAGGGGGCCGCCCUCGGCAUCCCCUACUUCACCGCUUACCGGUCGAUCGUGCUCAAGGCCAAGGCACAGGCCUCUCACCGGCUCCUUGUCCAUGGUGCAAGCGGGUCGGUGGGCACGGCCUCCGUUCAGAUCGCCAAACAUCUAGUGGGCUGCCGCGUUGCUGGCACGGCGGGAACCAGCUAUGGCAUGGAGCUCGUAAAAAGUCUGGGUGCCGACUUCACCGCCUGCCACAAGCAGCGAGAUUACCUGUCAAAAAUCACGGAAUGGACCGAAGGACAGGGACUGAACGUCAUCAUUGAAAUGCUUGCGAAUGUGAACCUGGACAACGACCUCACUCUCCUGGGCAAGAACGGCGUCGUAAUUGUCGUGGGAAACCGUGGCCCCACGAAAAUUGAUGCCAGGCACAUGAUGGGGAAGGAGACAUCCAUCAUCGGAGAAUCGUUGUUUUCCUCUACUCCCGAAGAAUGGCAAGCCACAGCGGAAGCCGUCGUCAAGGGUAUCGAAGACGGCUGGCUGGACCCCGUCAUGGAUCGCACCUACCCAUUGGGCGAUGCCAAGGCAUCUCACCACGACAUCAUCAACUCUAAGGGCGCCAAGGGCAAGCUCAUUAUUAACCCAGAUCUGUGAUGUCAUCACUGGCAAAGCCACUGCAUGCUUUUAUGGCAUCGGGCAUUCCUGUACUCCACUGCCACAUUUAUCAAGAUUUUUUUUAUUUUACAAGGUUUUGUGAAGCAAGGUGUAAGAUUUGCAGGAUUGUAGCGUUCGUGUUAUAAUGUUCAGUAUUUGCACAGUUUAACCGUGUACUAGAAACCAGAAUACAAGAGAAACAGUUAAGGCUCUUGUCGUGUUUUGAAGGCACAGCACAAGGCACACGAUUCAGAUUGUGCUAAAUUUAUGAAAUCCUUGAAUGACAAGAAACUACGCUUGAUGAAAAAGCAUUAUCUUUCAGUACAGAAAGCUGCACGUUAAGAAUUUUUACCAUGCUUGCAUUCCAAUUAACAGUAAUAAUGCUGCUGUUUCAGCAUUUAUAACAUUGCAUUCUGGGCGUUAAAACUAACGAGGAAGGGGUUCGUAAUGACCAUUCGUUUGUAUCCUUACCUCACCCUUUGGCCCCCUAUGCGUGGAAAAGAUACCACAGCCAGUAAAGAACCAAGCACAGAAACUACAGCGAACACUAUUAAUCAACUAGUUGGUCUUACAAGCAACUAUUAGCUGCAUGUCAAAGUGACAAGCUGAGUUGACUAGUGGUCCUGCUGUACCCAGCGCAAAAAUAUCGUCAUUGUACCAAUGCUAUUCAUUACAAACAUGUUUGUUACAUGACCCUAUUGUAAAACAUAUCAUGUUUAAUCAGUUCUAUCAAAUAAUUUGUUGCAAUAUCUGCAUUCUCAGUAUCAAUGUUCAACUGUAUAAAUGGCCCCUGAAUGGUGGGGGGGGGGAUUUGUAGAUUGCUUAAAAAGCGUCAAAAUGUCCAUUAAACAAGCGACUAUUUCAUGCUGCUAGCUGGUUAUGA